ACACACAAACAAUGCAGAUGUGCAGACAGAGGCUGCACCUUCCUGCCCAACCUGUUCCUUCGGUUCUUUAGCACUGCCCCAUUCCCCGACCACACACACCACAGAGAGGGAGCAGAGCUGACAGACUGUGCCGGCCACGGAUGCCUUUUCCCCAGCCUCCCCUCCUCUCCUCCACCCCACACCCGCCCGCUCCCCAAAAAGGGGAGAUAGAAAGUGUGUCUGCGGCUGGUCCUCCACUGCCUGGGAUAAUGGCUGUGUUAAGGAGUACGUCUGCAGAGUUCUUCGAGAUGCUGGAGAAGCAGACUCUGAAGAUGGAUGAACAGAAGCUCAAGGGCAUCAGGCAAAAGGAUGAUUACAUACCAUAUCCCAGUAUCGAUGAGGUAAUAGAGAAAGAGGGGCCUUUCCAGUCGGUCAUCCUGCCUCAGUUUGGGGGGUACUGGAUCGAAGGCGUCGAGACUGCCAUCACCCCGACCUCUUCAGAGAGCAGCUUGUUCGAGGAGGAUCUGAUUGAGAAUCUCAGUCCCACCACGUUUGGCUACAAACUGGAAUGUAACAGCACGGCCAGGGCCUACAGGAAGCACUUCCUCCACAAGGAUCAUUUGAAUUUCUACACCUCGUGCAGUGUCCAUGGCAACCUGAUAGUUUCCAUCAAACAUGAAGAUAGUGAAGCCCAAGAAUAUCUACAGAUAAUCCUCAGGUCCAAAUCCAAAACAAUUCACGAGCGGCUCCCUCUGGCUGGAGCUCCACAACUGCCAAGCAUACCACUUAUUGCAAAGCUCCUGUGUGAUGACGUGACCAGCACAAAAUUCUCUCCUGUACUUUACCCAAAGGCAUCCCAGCUAAUAGUCGAAUAUGAUGAACAUGAGAUCAAUGACAAGUUCAAGUUUGGGGUGAUUUAUCAGAAGGCCAGGCAGACGACAGAAGCAGAACUAUUCGGCAACAAUGAUGAAAGCCCUGAAUUUAAAGAAUUCCUUCACUUGCUUGGAGACACAGUGGUGCUCCAGGAUUUCAAAGGCUUCCGUGGAGGCCUUGAUGUGGCGCAUGGCCAGACCGGGUCUGAGUCCAUCUACACCGUCUUCAAGGACCGAGAGAUAAUGUUCCACGUCUCCACAAAGUUGCCGUUCACAGAGGGAGACACGCAGCAGCUGCAGCGGAAGCGGCACAUCGGGAAUGACAUUGUGGCCCUCGUGUUUCAAGAGGAAAACACUCCGUUCGUUCCUGACAUGAUCGCCUCAAACUUCCUUCACGCCUACAUCGUGGUGCAGCUCGAGCCAACCGCAGAGAGUGAGGCAACGUACAAGGUUUCGGUCACUGCUCGCGAAGAUGUCCGCCGCUUUGGCCCCCCGUUACCGAGCCCAGCGCUCUUCAAGAAGGGCCCGGAGUUCAGAGAGUUUCUGCUGACUAAACUCAUCAACGCAGAGUCGGCCUGCUACAAGUCGGAGAAGUUUGCAAAGCUGGAGAACCGCACGCGGGCAGCGCUACUCGACAACCUGUACGAGGACCUCCACAACCAAUCACAGGCCAUGUUGGGGCUGGGUCCUGACGAAGAAAAGAUGGAGAAUGACACUCAUGGAGGCUUCCUGGAGUCCUUCAAGAGGGCGAUUCGCGUGCGGAGCCACUCAAUGGAGACGAUGGUGACAAGCCACAAGAAGCAUCACAGCGGGGGUCUACCAGGCAGCCAGAGUGGGGGCAUCCCGCACAGCGCCAUUGAGAUCAUCAAACACCCUCCUAAUCAAGUCAAGCUUCUGAAGAGCCCGGUGAAAAGGAGGUCGGCUCUCUUCCUGAGAACCCACGGCAGCUCGGACGGCCAGCUGGACGGCAGACUCCGCUGUGAGAGUCUGUCGAGCUUGUCAAAGACUCCUGAGAGUGGCCAGAUAUCGCCGGACAUCAAGUGGGAAACAUCGUCUAACCCCAGCUCGCCUGAAAUGGGCCCCAACAAGGAGAGCAGGGCCUACUUCAAGCGGCGGGAGAACGGCCGGGCCAACAUCUCACGCUCCUCCUCCAGCACCAGCAGCUUCAGCAGCACGGCGGGCGAGAGUGAGGCCAUGGAGGAAUACGACACCAGCGCUGGAAGCCAGCCAUCCACAGCAUCCCCUUUCCGACAGGAUGUCUUUGUGUACAGCAGUGAAAUCCAGAGCAACUCGGGUCAAGUCAGCUCGUGUAAGAGCCCCACAGACUCAACAAAGUGUAAAACCUCUCCGAGAAAUACUUUGAAAUUGCGAUUUGAGAAACUCCAGCAGAGCUCAAACCCAAUGCUGGGACCUUACCCUUCACCGCAGAUGUAACUGAAGCCGGCACAGACACUCAAGCGCCCCACCCCACCCACAUCGUACACCGCACCCACCCCUCCCGUAUCUGAGGCACCCCAGGGUGGAGGGAGAUGGUCGGGACGACGGGCCUCAGAGGUGCCCUUGUCUGAGGGGUUCCAGUUGCCCUGGCCCUUCACCUGCAGAGCGAAAACCAUCUCAACACCAUCGUUGGAGGCGUGUUGAUCCAUCGGCACAGGCACCUUGCAAGAUGCAUAAGUAGAAGAUAGCAUUGGAUGUGUGGCCUGGGUCACCAUCAAUCUUUCCGAUAGCUUCCCUUGGCUUUCUUGUAACCUUCUGGGAUCCACGUUUUCUUUUUGGGAACUUGGGACUGCACGGAUUUCCUUCUCGGAGUCUGGAGACGGGCUACGAUGGGAUGGAUCUUGAAGCGUCUCGAAUGGCGAGCGAUCUCCGAGAAGCUCCGGGGGGGAGGGGCUCGUCAAUGUGGAGACGCCGGAGGCUGCCCGCGUUCCCGUCCCUCCCUCCCUCCCUCUCUCUCUCACCGGCUGGAGGUACAGCCCCCUCCCCUCAAUCCCAGCGGAUGUAGCAUGAGCCUCAACCUUGCGCUGUAAUCUUUCAGCUGCCGUAGUCGUCCACACUGCCAAUUAACGAGGACCAACCAGCCUUGUGUCUCGCUAGUCCGUCCGCUUAAUGUGUUCGUUGUGCAAAGGAGAAAUCUGCCACCUUCAGCCUUGGGCCGCAGCAUUGCUUUGCAGAUUUCAGUAAAACAUUCAUCACCAGAGUGGUCAACAGGGUUCACCUCCGAACAUUCUGAGUGAGAGGAUUGUACCAGGUCAUCAGAUGACCAUUUCUUGAUUAGUACGGGUGUCAGAGGUUAUGGGGAGAAGGCGGGAGAAUGUGGUUAGGAGGGAGAGUUAGAUCAGCCACGAUUGGAAUGGCGGAGGUAGACAAAAGUGCUGGAGAAACAC